AUGAUUCACAGCCUUUUCCUGAUCAACUCCUCUGGAGAUAUUUUCCUGGAGAAACAUUGGAAGAGCGUGGUCAGCCGUUCUGUUUGCGAUUAUUUUUUCGAGGCACAAGAGCGAGCGACUGAGGCUGAAAAUGUCCCUCCCGUCAUCCCCACCCCUCACCACUACCUCUUAAGCGUUUACCGUCACAAGAUCUUUUUUGUGGCUGUGAUCCAGACGGAGGUCCCGCCUCUGUUUGUCAUUGAGUUCCUUCACCGAGUAGUGGACACGUUUCAGGAUUAUUUUGGAGUCUGCUCAGAGCCAGUGAUAAAAGACAAUGUGGUUGUGGUGUAUGAGGUAUUGGAAGAGAUGCUUGACAAUGGGUUUCCAUUGGCUACCGAGUCGAACAUCCUCAAAGAACUGAUAAAGCCGCCCACCAUCCUUCGCACUGUUGUCAACACCAUUACAGGAAGCACCAACGUGGGUGACCAGCUUCCCACUGGGCAGCUGUCCGUGGUGCCUUGGCGACGGACUGGGGUGAAAUACACCAACAAUGAGGCCUAUUUUGAUGUGAUUGAAGAGAUUGAUGCCAUCAUUGAUAAAUCAGGGUCCACAAUCACUGCUGAGAUCCAGGGGGUGAUCGACGCCUGUGUCAAGCUGACCGGAAUGCCCGACCUUACUCUUUCCUUCAUGAACCCCAGGCUGCUGGACGACGUCAGCUUCCACCCCUGCGUCCGCUUCAAGCGCUGGGAGUCGGAGCGCAUCCUCUCCUUCAUCCCCCCCGACGGCAACUUCCGCCUCCUCUCCUACCACGUCAGCGCGCAGAACCUGGUGGCGAUUCCCGUGUACGUGAAACAUAACAUCAGCUUCCGGGACAGCAGUUCUGUGGGCCGCUUUGAGAUAACGGUGGGGCCUAAGCAGACUAUGGGGAAGACCAUCGAGGGGGUGACCGUCAGCAGCCAGAUGCCCAGAGGCGUCCUGAACAUGAGCCUCACGCCGUCGCAGGGGACGCACACGUUCGACCCAGUUACCAAGAUGCUGUCUUGGGAUGUAGGAAAAAUAAAUCCCCAGAAGCUCCCAAGUUUGAAGGGGACCAUGAGUCUUCAGGCUGGAGCUUCCAAACCAGAUGAGAACCCCACCGCCAACCUGCAGUUUAAGAUCCAGCAGCUGGCCAUCUCUGGACUCAAAGUGAAUCGUCUGGAUAUGUACGGAGAGAAGUACAAACCCUUCAAGGGCAUAAAAUACAUGACCAAAGCUGGAAAGUUCCAAGUUCGAACCUGAAGGGAGAGUUUUGCAAAGGGAACCGUCACGAACACUUUUUCAUUUCUUACUUGUCUAAAAGUAAAACCUAUCAGCCUUCUCCUAGGUCAGUGCCCCCUCUGGACCACCGCUCCCAUUUUCCCGUAGCCUUCAGUGCCCUGGAGCUAACGAAGGGAGGCAGGGCCGCCAGGGAGGCCUGGGCAGAACUGAUGCCGGCAGCACCAACUCAGUUCUCGAAGCAGAGGCCUACCGUGCAGGGGGAGGUUCUGGACGCUGUAUUUAACUAUUUGUAACGCGGUUACCAUAGGAAAAGACCAGCAUUUCUUGCUUGCUUGGCUGUAAUUAUCUUAAGCCAAGGAAAGACUUUUUUGUUUUUGUUUCUCAAGAAAGAUUGGAGGGAAAGAGAGCAAGCUUGGAAGGAAACGAAUGUUAGUCCAGGAAGGGCCGGGAAGGCUCUGCAGUGUGAACUCCGCACGCGCACCACACGCUGAAGUCAGGGAGGCGGGAGGAGCCGCCCAGCUCCACCUGCGGGAGGGCUGGGGGGAACACAGUUGAGUGAGUUUCUUUCUGACCCCUCCACUUGCAUACAAACAUAAAAAUGUGCACUUCUAGAAGUGGACUGGAAGCGUCUUAAAUUUGAGUUCACCAUUGACGUAGAAAAGCGAGUAGAAUCAGAUGUUCCCGUAAAGACUGCAGGGCCCUCCAAGCAGUUUUCAGGUACUGACGGCCGCCUGCCUCCAACACUGGGCCCGGCAUCUUCAGCGAGGCUGACCUGCCCCCUCGGGGCCGGGGGUUCCCUGAGAUGCCUCUUUCCCUCCCCUCGCUCUGCAGAAUUCCCGUUCCCUGAGGAGAGUUUCAGAGAAGCCAAUCCCAUCCCCCCCAGGGCAGCACGUUGUGUGUCACAGGGUUGGAGUGUAGACACCCCUCCUCGUGCCACCUCUGUGACCCAGCGGUUCCUCGUUCACGUCCGUCAGUGCUGGCCUGGUGCCGGAGUCCGACCUGCCCGCCUGUACCUUUUCCAGCGGUGACCCUAAGUGAAAAGGAUGCUGACGGCUGAGGGCCCGGCCGGUUCUGGGAGCUGCCCAGUAAAGUUAUCUCCUUAGGUUUCCACGGCAUAAUAUAUUUAUUAACAAUAUAUAUCGACCAGUCCGUUUUUGUUUCAAGACAAAAAAAAAAAAUCUCCUAAAUCAUUGAAUAAAACUGAUGCUAUAGGAAGAUGGGCCGCGUUGAUCGUAUGUAGCCUGGUUUAAGAAACAUGGGCGACUGAAGGCAGACCUCGGGCCUUCCCAGGGGGUUGUUUUUACUCUGUCUAGUUCAGUCUGCCCAUUACCCAUUUAAAUAUUUAUAGAAAAGACAGGUUUUUAAAAUUACACCUUUAAGGAGCAAUAUUGUGCCCUGCUUCGUGCAUGGAGAAAAAUGAAGACCUUGUACUCUCCCAACCCUACAAUUUUUCUCUAAAGCCGUAUUUCCAAAUACUUAAGCAAUUUUUUUUUUUUUUUAGUUUUCUCUUCCUGCUACCUGGACUUGUUUUUGCUGCAGAAUAAUGUUUUGUGAUUUUCCUCUGGGGUCAGUUGUGCUGUGUACAAGCAGAUGUGUCUCAUACCCCAUCCCUCCGGAAUCUGUCCUAGAUUCCCAGGUCCCCUGCACACCUGAGAUUCCAGAACACUGGAACUAGUUCUCCCAAGGGCCCGGGAGGAUUUCGGGGUUUCCUUGGUCACAGGAAACAAUCUUGGUCCCUGAAUAUUAGUCCAGCUGUCUUACUCCCUCCAGGGCAGCUCAUCCUAAUGUCAAGGGAAGAACUUAAGGAGAAAUAGAGCAUCGGGGCUGUGGGACCCGCAGGCCUUAGCAUGGCAGGCAACCCUGGGCGGCAAACCCCUGGACACCCCCUCCACCCGGUGGUGUAUUAGCAUGGGUGGGGCCGGGUGCCUCCACUGAGCCACUCGGUUCUA